AUGAAAAAUCGUCACGGACCAACCCACACAUCACUAUCAUCGAAUAACGUGAGCAACAACCGAACCGUUCAUAUCGGAAACAUUCCCAGUGUAACCACCAUAGAAACAUUGCAAAGUAUAUUUUCAAAAUAUGGAGAAAUUACAAACAUUAAAUUAGCAGGAGAUCCAUCCUACUCUAAACGAUUUGCUUUUAUCGAGUAUGCAGAACCCUAUCAGGCUAAAUCAUCCUUGUGCUUGGACGGAACAGAAUAUUUGGGACAAAUUUUGAAAAUUUCUCUUGCAAAACAUGAUUUUAAUAGUAGACAACAUCAGCGAUCAUCAUCCUUGAAUCAAAACAAAAUCACUACGACUCCCCAUCAUUAUAGAACGAAUAGCGAGUUUUCAACUGACUCGGACGUUUCUUCCACAACAUCAUCCAUUAAUAUUUCAUCACUAACAGCGUCAUUACCCCAAAUUCCUACUAGUAAUAAUAGCACUACAGUUUCAAAUUCGUCAUCCCCUAAAAAGAACAACACAACCAAUAAUUUAAUAGCUCAUUCAUCUUUGUCGCCAUCGACCACAACGAACAAUUCAACAAUGACACAAUCCAUCUCCCCAACAACUACUGAUCAUGGUACGGGCAACAAUAAUGAGAGUACACAACAGCACACCCACCAUCCACAAAUCAACACAUCAUCACCAUCCACUAAAAAUAAAUCAACACAUCAACACCACCACACUACUUUGAAUAAUAAUAACAACAUGGUAAUGCCACAGGAUGAAAUGAGUGUUAUUUCAUCUCCUCUUGUAACUUCAAUGUAUUUAGGCAGUCCGACUCCUGCAAGCCCAUCAUCCAUGUACAUUGGUUUACCAUUGUCACAACCCAUAGUUACAGAACAAAAUGUGGUUGCAAGAACUAUUCAUAUUUCAGGUAUUGACAUUGUAUUUACUGAGGAUGAGUUAUUAGAGUAUUUUGGAGUUUAUGGAGAUGUUACAAACUAUAGAUUGUGCAACAAUGAUCAAAUUUCUACAAACUCUAAUAACCAACACGCUACAAAAUUUGCUUUUAUUGAAUAUGCUAGAGCUGAUCAAGCACUUAAAGCUCUCAUGGUAAAUGGAACCUUGUGGGGAAAAUCAAAAUUGAAAGUUUCACAUUCUAAAACAGCCAUACAAACUCCUCCAAAAAAGUCAUUGAUCGACAAGCAAUAUAGAGAUUUAAUUGAGAGAACGAUUCAUAUUGGAGGAAUUGAUGUUAAACUUUCACAAGAUAGUGUUAAAGCAUUCUUUGAGGAGUUAUGUGGAACUGUUCAUAGAAUUGCAAUGGCAGGAGACACUGAAUCCUAUGAAACGAGGUUUUGCUUUAUUGAAUUUGAAGACAAACAAUCUGCAUUGAAAGCUCUGAGAUUAACAGGUUGUACCAUAGCUGGAAGUGUAAAACAAAUUAAGGUAAGCCCAUCAAAGUCACCCAUUGGAUACUCGAAGAACAAGUUAAUGAUGAUUGGAAUUGGAAGUGCAUCUAAUCCAUCACCUCCAUCUCCACUUCAUCAUCAAUUGAAUCAAUUACAUUUGAACUCUCACACGUCACCACCACCACCCUCUUCUUCAUCGACAAGUACGACCACCACCUUGAUUCACCACGCACACCAUCCAUUGAAUCAUCACAACACUCACCACUUGACAUCCACACCCACCACUCCUGGUAAUGCUGCUUUUACAAAUGCAGGACUAGUUCCAUUAGGACAUUUAGCAAUUCCAGCUAAUCUUGCUCAGGCUGCUACUGCAAGUAAUUUGGCACUCUUUCCAACCAGCACUACGACUGCCACUACAGGUACCACCACUCUACCAACACCCACAUCUCAAAAUUCCACCAAUUCUGUCACUACAACAGCAUCCACCACGGCAACACCUCAAUCAUUUCCAACCAUUUUUCCAUUUGCCCCCUGGGCUUACACUGCAAAUACGACCGCAACGCUUUCAAAUCAAGGUAGCAUGGAUCCUUCUUCGCAAGGUUUCUUUUCUUAUCCACAAAUGCAAAUGAUUCACCCACAAUAUUACUUCUACACAACCACACCUACAAUGACAUAUGGAGCUGUUGCUCUUCCAAAUUCAUCAUUCAACACUUCUACAUCAUACAAUCUUGUACCCACUACAACGCAGGAAACACAUACAACAGAUCAAGACGACACAGACACUGACAAUGUAAAACGAAAGAGAGAUCAACACGAAUCUUUUGAUGAGUCCUCCAAUGCUCUCUAUCAAAAGAAGCUCAAAGAUAAAUAA